CGUAAGUUGUCACACGAUAAUUCCCGGGUUCGCAGGUAUUAUUUCUUAAGUAAUACAUUUCUCAAAACUACAGUUCCAACACGAAGCCCAUUGGUUAAAACUGCAUAACAGUGUAUUUUUGGUCUCUGUGAUUGGUGCAUUGAUCCCACCCUCGAAAAGCCUCAUGUCCCAGUACAGUCCCAACCAAGCAUAGAGAAACAAACAUGGCUGAUACAGAGGGAGCCGAGGAAAUUUAUCCAGGAAUUUUGCAAGAAAUUUUUACUUCCCCGUUGAAUUUGAGUCUGCUUGGCCUCUGUAUAUUUCUUUUGUACAAAAUCUUCCGCGGAGACAAACCUGCAGAUAUGGGCGAGGUCGAGGAACCUCUGCCUAAACUCAAGAAAAGGGAUUUCACGUUAACGGAGCUGCAACCGUACGAUGGGCUGCAAAAUCCAAGAAUUCUCAUGGCUGUCAAUUUUAAGGUGUUCGAUGUAACCAGAGGAAAGAAAUUCUACGGGCCAGAGGGUCCCUAUGGAGUGUUUGCUGGUAAAGAUGCCUCCAGGGGCCUGGCCACAUUUUGUCUGGAGAAGGAGGCCCUGAAAGACACCCACGACGACCUCUCGGACCUCAACGCCAUGCAGCAAGAGAGCCUCAACGAAUGGGAGACCCAGUUCACUCAAAAGUAUGACUACGUCGGCAAACUUCUGAAAGCUGGAGAAGAACCUACCGAGUACACAGAUGACGAGGAGGUCAAGGACAAAAAGAAGGACUAGAACUCAAGUACACAAGAGAAAUUCAGAUGCCUUAAUUUUUUCAGGAUAAUGUGAUGGAUAUUGCCUUGUGUUGCUGCAUUUGAACGCAAUGCUUUCUCCUGUAUGGUUUUUGUAUUAUCACAUUUUCAUGGACCAUCGCCUCUUAUGCUAAUUUCAAAUGCUACAGACCUUAAUUUACCAAAAUCUAGUGGAUUUUUGGUUAAGGUUUGAAUAAUUCUUGAAUUCUGUGGUGUCUUUGUAAAGUUAUAUAGGUACUAUUAGUUGUCAUGUAGAUGCUGAUGGAAGAUCUAUUACUGUAGCUUGAGAUGAACGUAUUUCAUUUUUGUAAUCAUGAGAUGACCACAGAUUUUCAACACAAGCAGAUAACAUUCCAUCAGAAAUAUUUUGUUUGUUUUUUGGCUCUGGUGUUAGAGUAUCUAUAAAAAAAAUCUGAGUUAUCCAUCACUAAGCAUAGCUAAAUAUCACAUACUCGGUCUGACUGAACUGCAGUUAGUUUCUCAUAUGCGUUAGAGAAGAUCAUGCUUGAUAUACUCACUCUAGCAUUCACUUUCAGCAUAACUUUGUAAUAAUAACACAAUUGGUCUGAUAAUUCCACACACUGCUAGUGUAGGGCUUGCACUGGAUGAAGUAUGUUUUAGGAUGUUCAUACUGUAGCACAAAAUAUAAAAAUGUUGAGUGAACUAAGGUGCUUCCUGUACCAAUUAUGUAUGCCAUGGUAAAUACUCCCUGGAAUUGGCCAGAAUCUGGACUCAAAUACUGGUAAACACAGGAAACACUCUACAAAAUGCAUUACAAAGGAAUGUCCUAGUUUGUGUGAUCAUGACACUGAUAUUUUGAUAUGAUAAAUAAAUCUACCCAAAUGUUUAAUCAA